CAUUUCUCGCGAGUCCCAACGUAACCCAAGGACAAGAAAACCAAACUUUAUUGAGAAACAAACGAAGAAGUCAUUGGAAAAUGAGAGAGAUUCUCCAUAUCCAGGGCGGACAAUGUGGCAACCAGAUCGGUGCCAAGUUCUGGGAGGUGAUCUGCGACGAGCACGGCAUUGAUCAUAUCGGAAAGUAUUGUGGAGACUCCGAUCUCCAGCUCGAGCGUAUCAAUGUGUAUUACAACGAGGCCAGCGGUGGCCGUUACGUGCCCCGUGCUGUCCUUAUGGAUCUCGAGCCUGGCACCAUGGAUUCUGUCAGAUCCGGUCCCUAUGGGCAGAUCUUCAGGCCCGACAAUUUCGUCUUCGGCCAGUCCGGGGCUGGGAAUAACUGGGCCAAGGGUCAUUAUACCGAAGGGGCGGAGCUCAUUGAUUCUGUGCUCGAUGUCGUGAGGAAAGAAGCCGAGAAUUGUGACUGUUUGCAGGGAUUUCAAGUUUGUCAUUCUUUGGGUGGAGGCACUGGCUCUGGCAUGGGAACUCUUCUUAUAUCCAAGAUCAGGGAGGAGUAUCCAGAUCGCAUGAUGCUGACCUUUUCUGUUUUUCCUUCUCCUAAGGUAUCUGACACAGUUGUUGAGCCAUACAAUGCUACACUUUCUGUGCAUCAGCUAGUUGAGAAUGCUGAUGAAUGUAUGGUUCUGGACAACGAGGCUCUAUAUGACAUUUGCUUCCGCACACUCAAGCUUGCCACCCCUUCAUUUGGUGAUCUUAACCACCUCAUCUCUGCCACAAUGAGUGGCGUCACAUGCUGUCUCCGUUUCCCUGGGCAGCUGAACUCAGACCUUAGGAAGCUUGCUGUUAAUCUUAUCCCAUUCCCUCGCCUUCACUUCUUCAUGGUUGGGUUUGCACCAUUGACAUCAAGGGGUUCACAGCAGUACCGUGCCCUCACCGUGCCUGAGCUAACUCAGCAGAUGUGGGAUGCAAAGAACAUGAUGUGUGCUGCUGACCCUCGUCAUGGCCGCUACCUGACUGCCUCAGCCAUGUUCCGUGGAAAGAUGAGUACUAAAGAGGUUGAUGAACAAAUGAUUAAUGUUCAGAACAAGAACUCUUCAUACUUUGUUGAAUGGAUUCCAAAUAAUGUCAAAUCCAGUGUUUGUGAUAGCCCACCAAAGGGCUUGAAGAUGGCCUCAACUUUUAUUGGCAAUUCAACUUCAAUUCAGGAGAUGUUUAGGCGAGUUAGUGAGCAGUUCACAGCAAUGUUUAGGCGCAAGGCUUUCUUGCACUGGUACACUGGUGAGGGAAUGGAUGAAAUGGAGUUUACUGAGGCAGAGAGCAACAUGAAUGAUCUGGUUGCGGAGUACCAGCAAUACCAGGAUGCCACUGCUGAUGAUGAGGAGUACGAGGAUGAAGAAGAGGAGGAAAUUCCCGCUUGAGAUGUUUUGUAGUAUUCAGUUUGCCUGAAAUUAUCACUUAGUAGGUCUGUUUCGGAGUGAUUAUGUCUACUGUUGCUGACGGGUCAAAUUAGAUUGACAUGCUAAGAAGUAAGAAGUGUAUGUUUGACUGGUUCUUGUAUCAGAAAUGGGUUUCUGUGAUGUGUUUUGCUAUAUAUUUGAACUGAUGAAUGUAUGUAUUAAUAGAUGGAUUAUGGAUAUAUGAAUUGAAGCUAGUAUUGACAGGGGUA